AUGUGGGCCGCAGGGCAGCUCCUACUGACCAGCGCACGGCUAUCGCACCGUGUGCUUGUGUCGUGCAUGCAAGAUACUAUGCCGUGUGCACAGCGCUUCUUGCAUGCCUCUGUUGCGCAGUGCACCAAGCCUCCGAGCCUGACACUGCACGGCACCACGUACGCGACAGACGACGUAACCAACAUCCCCUCGUCGAUCAUGUCACGUAUUUUCCCCAACCCCAAACUCCCAUACGCAGACCAUCAUCCACUGGCUUUGUUGCGCCAAGAAAUUGAGCGGAUUCUAGGCCCCAAGUUCACGCCUAUUCGUGCCCCCUCGCCGAUCGUCACGACCAAGUUGAACUUUGAUGACUUGGGCUUUCCGGCUGACCACCCCGGUCGCAGUCCCUCAGAUACCUAUUAUGUGAACCGCAACACAUGUCUUCGUACACAUACAUCGGCGCAUGAGGUGGAAACGUUCCGAGAUGGCCACCUUCGCUGGCUGUUGACAGCGGACGUAUUCCGCCGUGAUGAGAUUGACUCGUCCCACUACCCCGUCUUCCACCAGAUGGAAGGCGCGAGUGUAUGGGAUCUUUCAGCUUUCCAGCCUGGCGGUGAAGUUGAAAAGGAGUGUGAAGCAAUGGAAGCCACACUGCAAGGUGCUGGCAUGGAGAUUGUAGACGACGUGGACGUGGCCGAAGCGGAUGGCUGGCAAGCACAUCACUUGGCCCAGCAUCCUCGGGCAUCGCAGUUGGCAUUACGUCACCUUAAGGCAUCACUGAAUACCCUUGUACUUGGCUUGUUCCGUGCGCGCUGGGAGCAAGAAUCGGCAUCGGAAGAACCUCUACGAGUCCGCUGGAUCCCUGCGACGUUCCCUUUUACGGCCCCGAGCUUUGAGGUGGAAGUGUGGUUCCGUGGUAAGUGGCUUGAAAUUCUGGGCACAGGUAUUGUGAAACAGCGUACCUUGGACGAGUCCGGUAUCCCUGAGAAACUUGGCUGGGCGUUCGGUCUAGGGCUAGAGCGUAUUGCUAUGGUGCUAUUUUCGAUUCCUGAUAUCCGUUUGUUCUGGUCGCAAGACGAGCGCUUUUUGAGCCAAUUCAAGGUGACUGACAACUCGCUUGUGACUUUCAAGCCCUACUCCAAAUACCCACCGUGCUACAAGGAUGUAUCGUUUUGGAUGUCCAACGAUUUCCACGAAAAUGAUCUGUGUGAGACUGUGCGUGACUUGGCGGGCGAUUUGGUGGAAGACGUGGCAUGCAUUGAUGACUUUGUGCAUCCCAAAACGAAACGUCAAAGUCGCUGCUACCGUAUCAACUACCGCAGCAUGGAUCGAAGCCUUGAAAAUGACGAGGUGAACAGUGUACAUGCCCGUGUGCUGGAGGCAUUGAAGUCGUCCUGCCAUAUUGAGAUUCGGUAG